UGGUCUUAUAGUUCAGCCAGCACAACAUUGUACUCGCAUUGCAAAGCUUCUUUAGAUGAAAGAUAAGGUGCUCAUCCUCACCCAGCAGUCCGGCGGCGGCGCCUUCGGCUCCCGGCGCAAGUACCUCCACGGCGAGUUCAGCAUCCAGAUGAAGCUCGUCCCCGGGAAUUCCGCCGGCUCCGUCACCUCCUUCUACCUGUCGUCGGGCGACGGCCCCGGGCACGACGAGAUCGACAUGGAGUUCAUGGGCAACGCCACGGGGCAGCCAGUGGUGCUCAACACCAACGUGUGGGCCAACGGCGACGGCAAGAAGGAGCACCAGUUCGACCUCUGGUUCGACCCGGCCGCCGACUUCCACACCUACACCAUCAUCUGGAACCACAAGAACGUCCUCUUCAAGGUGGACAACCUCUUCAUCCGCAGCUUCAAGCGCUACGCCGACCUGCCCUACCCGGGCGCCAAGCCCAUGUCGGUGCACGCCACGCUCUGGGACUGGGACGGCAGCUACUGGGCGACGCAGAAGGGCAAGGUCCCCGUGGACUGGUCCGGCGCGCCCUUCGUCGUCUCCUACCGCGCCUACUCCGUCGACGCCUGCGUGCCGGCGGACGGCGGGGAGGGCAGCCUGCUCUCCUGCCCCGCCGGCACGGACCGCUGGAUGAACCGGCAGCUCGACGACGCCGAGCGCGGCACCGUCGCCUGGGCCAAGCGCGAUUACAUGCGCUACAACUACUGCGACGACGGCUGGCGAUUCCCAUAGGGCUUCCCCGCCGAGUGCGCACGCGGCUGAAGAACGCCGCCCCCCUUCUGCGGAUUGUUCGUUAUCCAUUCAUUUCUUGUUCCUUGGUCUUGGGUCACAUCUAGUGUUCUUGAUUUCGUUAACCCUCUGUUUAUUCUUGCCUAGAGGGAUUAGAUUAGAGUAAACGAUAAUAAGGGUGAAUUCUUCGAGUAAAUAUCGGAACACACAUGGCGUCUG